GCCCCCUCCCCUCCCCCGCGCCUCGCACGCCGCGCGGCCGAGCGUCUGAGCCGCCGGGUCCCCGAGCGCAGGCUGCGAGGCCGCCGCACCUGCAGAGCGCACGGGCUGCCCAGCCGGCACCCAGCCUCCCGCCACCCGACCCCCUUCUCCCCACGCGCCGGGGCUCCCAGGACGCCCGAGCCCCCCAGCCGGCGACAAUGACCACUUCCCUGCAAGAUGGGCAGAGCGCCGCGGGCAGAGCGGCUGCCCGGGACUCGCCGCUGGCCGCCCAGGUGUGUGGCGCUGCCCAGGGGACGGGCGACGCCCACGACCUGGCGCCGGCCCGCUGGCUGCGCGCGCGGGCGCUGCCGCCCCCUCCGGACGGGCCGCGCGGCGUCGCCGCAGACAGGAGAAAAAAGAAAGAUCUUGAUGUUCUGGAAAUGCCAUCUAUUCCAAACCCUUUUCCUGAGCUAUGCUGUUCUCCAUUUACAUCUGUGUUGUCAGCAGGCCUGUUUCCCAAAGCAAAUUCAAGGAAAAAACAGGUCAUUAAAGUAUAUAGUGAAGAUGAGACCAGCAGGGCUUUAGAUGUACCCAGUGACAUAACGGCCCGAGAUGUUUGUCAGCUGUUGAUCCUGAAGAACCAUUACAUUGAUGACCACAGCUGGACCCUUUUUGAGCACCUGCCUCACACAGGUGUAGAAAGAAUAAUAGAAGAUCACGAACUCUUGAUUGAAGUGCUAUCUAACUGGGGAAUGGAAGAAGAAAAUAAGCUAUAUUUUAGAAAAAAUUAUGCCAAAUAUGAAUUCUUUAAAAACCCGAUGUAUUUUUUUCCAGAGCAUAUGGUAUCUUUUGCAACUGAAACAAAUGGUGAAAUAUCCCCUACACAGAUUUUGCAGAUGUUUCUGAGUUCAAGCACAUAUCCUGAAAUUCAUGGCUUCUUACAUGCAAAAGAACAGGGAAAAAAGUCUUGGAAAAAAAUUUACUUCCUUCUAAGAAGAUCUGGUUUAUAUUUUUCUACUAAAGGGACAUCAAAGGAACCACGGCAUUUGCAGUUUUUCAGCGAAUUUGGCAAUAGUGAUAUUUAUGUGUCACUGGCAGGCAAAAAAAAACAUGGAGCACCGACUAACUAUGGAUUCUGCUUUAAGCCUAACAAAGCGGGAGGGCCCCGAGACCUGAAAAUGCUCUGUGCGGAAGAAGAGCAGAGUAGGACGUGCUGGGUGACCGCGAUUAGAUUGCUUAAGUAUGGAAUGCAGCUGUACCAGAAUUAUAUGCAUCCGUAUCAAGGUAGAAGUGGCUGCAGUUCUCAGAGUAUAUCACCCAUGAGAAGUAUAUCAGAGAAUUCCCUGGUAGCAAUGGACUUCUCAGGCCAGAAAGGCAGAGUUAUAGAAAAUCCCACUGAAGCCCUUUCAGUUGCAGUUGAAGAAGGACUUGCUUGGAGGAAAAAAGGAUGCUUGCGCCUGGGCACACAUGGAAGCCCCACUGCUUCUUCACAGAGCUCUGCUGCAAACAUGGCUAUCCACCAGGCUCAGCCGUGGUUUCACCACAAGAUUUCUAGAGAUGAGGCCCAGCGAUUAAUUAGUCAGCAAGGACCUGUGGAUGGAGUUUUCUUGGUUCGGGAUAGUCAGAGUAACCCCAAAACUUUCGUACUGUCAAUGAGUCAUGGACAAAAAAUAAAGCACUUUCAAAUUAUACCAAUUGAAGAUGACGGUGCAAUGUUCCAUACACUGGAUGACGGCCACACAAGAUUUACUGAUCUAAUCCAGCUGGUGGAGUUCUAUCAGCUUAAUAAGGGUGUUCUUCCUUGCAAGUUGAAACAUUAUUGUGCUAAGAUUGCUCUUUAGCCAAACCAGAAGUGACUUGUUAAACUAUUGAAGACAAAGGACUCAAGAAAAAAAAAAAAAAGAAAAGAAAGAGCAUACAUAAGGGUAAAAGUGUUACCACGAUGAAAAGAAUGUAUUUCACCUUUAAGUUACAAAAAAUAGUUUGUGCUUGGCAAAUAAGCAAAGACUUGGAUUGACAUUAUGUUCAUCAUUUAAAAUUCAUUAGUUAAAAUUAAACCUUAGAAAAAAAUGACGGUGUGUUCGUGUGAUUUUACAUUACUGUAUUUUCUUCUAAUGUGCAUAGUUUAAACAUCUGUCUGUCCUUAUUUACUAUAUAGCAGCAUU